AUGUACUUUAAUUUAUCAUAUCGAACAAGCAUAUCAAAAAAGCCGGUCGAUAUUGGAGGCGAGUUGUCGGUAGAAUGGGCCGAUCCCCCCACACUUUAUUGGUUCCGCCUUGACAGGCAGUUUCACGCAUCGUACGAGGUUGAGCCCUUUUGA